AUGGGUAUGUAUGAGUAUGACGAGACCACUGGUCUUCGAGAGGGCGGACUGAUGAUUUUGGACUCCACCAAUGGUUCGGUUUUAUCGGAGAUCACUGGCACAGACCGCACGGGGAUACUCGAUGUGCGGUGGAUUGGUUCGAAGUCUUUAGCGGCGUGUACGGCCGAAGGUGGGAUCCAAUUUUUUACGGUAGCGGAGGAUGGUAAGAUGGUCGAGUGCAGUUCGACGAUUCCAAUGUUUACUGGCGAGGGCGCGAAGGGGGUGGCCAUUGGAUUGGACGUCACUCAAGGUUGUCUGUCACCUGAUGGGACGCUGCUGGCCACUGGCGGUGAUGAUCGUCGUAUGAAACUGUGGGAUGUGAGAACACCAGCUACUGACGGGCCGGUGCUAUCGGAUCGGAGGGAGCAUGAGGCUGGAAUCACAGCAUAUUUGUUCGUACAGCACGGGCGAAGGAUACUCACUGGCAGCUACGAUGAAAACGUUCGUGUAUGGGACUUGAGAUUUGGUGUAGCAGACUCGGCGUGUGAUGCUAGUGGUGUGCAGUGUGUAGUGAGGCAAGCUGCGAUCGGAGGCGUUUGGAGACUCAAGCCGUCCCUCACCGGAAAAGAUUUGCUCAUCGCUGGCUGCUAUGGAGGAUGUGAAGUGUGGCCUCUGGAAGAGCUCUUGGAUGGUCGGGAGGCUGAACGAAUAGGAGAGUGUUGCUGUAGUGGACUCCGGCCUGAUGACUUUGUUGGCAUCGAUCCCGUCACUGAAAAGGUUGAAGGACAUUUCUAA